UAGUUUUAAAUGGCUUUAUGUUUUUCGAAGUAUUCUCCACGAAGCACUUAUUCCACUCGUUUGCUGGCAGAUCCAAAACGGCAUUUUUGAAUGCGUCAAUGCUUCUUCUGGUGACUGGAACCUUUGACCACGCAGUCUGUUUUUAAUUUUCGGGAAGUAAAGAAAUCGUUAGGACUAUAUGGAGGAUGGUCCAAUAACUCCACAUUUU